AUGGCAGUGUGCCGUCUUCUCAUCACAACCCAGGUGCUGAAGGUUGAUGGUGCGUACGUUGCUGUGAAGUUCCCCGGAACAUCAAGUAGCAUAACAAACCAAAGCAGCGCUCCUCCUCCAGACUCGGAUCCAUCCUCACUGUUACAGGACUGCAGGCUCCUCAGGAUAGACGAACUGCAGGUGGUCAAAACCGGUGGAACCCCGAAGGUUCCCGAUUGCUUUCAGCGAACGCCUAAAAAGCUCUGCAUCCCAGAGAAGGCCGUAAUCCUGGCUGUAAAUGUUGACUCCAAAGGAGUCCAUGCAGUUCUGAAGACCGGUAACUGGGUAAGGUACUGCAUCUUUGACCUGGCCACAGGCAAAGCUGAGCAGGAGAAUAACUUUCCUACAAGCAACCUGGCCUUCCUGGGCCAGAGCGAGUGCAACGUGGCCAUCUUCACUGCAGGGCAGGAGUCUCCCAUCAUCCUCCGGGACGGGAAUGGCACAAUCUAUCCCAUGGCUAAAGACUGCAUGGGGGGAAUCCGGGACCCUGAUUGGUUGGACCUGCCUCCUAUAAACAGCCUGGGAAUGGGGGUGCACUCUCUGGUCAACCUGCCAUCUAACUCCACCAUUAAAAAGAAAGCUGCUAUCAUUAUUAUGGCUGUCGAGAAACAGACGCUGAUGCAGCACGUCCUGCGCUGCGACUACGAGGCGUGCCGGCAGUACCUGAUGAACCUGGAGCAGGCCUUCCUCCUGGACGAGGGCGGCCAGGGCCUCGGGGCGCUGCUGGGCCAUCGCUGCGACGGAAACCGCAACAUUUUCCACGCCGCCGUCUCCGUCUGCUUCCCUGUUAGCAACAAAGAGACCAAAGAGGAAGAAGCCGAAAGGUCAGAGAGAAACACAUUUGCAGAGCGCCUGUCUGCUGUGGAGGCCAUCGCCAACGCCAUCUCUGUGGUGUCGAGCAACAGCUCUGGAAACAGGACUGGCUCCUCCAGUAGCAGAGGGCUCCGUCUAAGGGAGAUGAUGCGGAGGUCUCUUAGAGCAGCAGGUCUCGGCCGCCACGAGUCUGGGCCGUCCUCCGGUGACCACCAGGACCCCGUGUCCCCACCCAUCGCCCCGUCAAGUUGGGUCCCAGACCCUCCGCCUAUGGACCCUGAUGGUGACAUUGAUUUCAUUCUCGCACCAGCAGUUGGUUCACUCACCACAGCUUCCUCUGGUUCUAACCAGGGCCCCAGCACUUCCACCAUACCAGGACCGUCAACAGAGACAUCAGUGGUGGAGUCUAAAGACAGGAAGGCCAACGCUCACCUCAUCCUGAAGCUGAUGUGUGACAGCGUCGUUCUGAGGCCACACCUAUGGGAACUGCUCUCUGCAAAGGAUGCCAGAGGAAUGACCCCCUUCAUGCUGGCUGUCAGUGGAAGAGCCUACCCAGCUGCUAUCACUGUGCUUGAGGCCGCUCAAAAAAUAGCCAAGAUGGCCGACCCGGAGAAAGAUGAUGCGGAUUCUAUGUUCAUGGAGAUGAUUUGUCCUGUGGGAACCAACCCAGAUGAUUCUCCGCUUUAUGUCCUCUGCUGCAACGACACCUGCAGUUUCACUUGGACCGGAGCAGAGCACAUUAACCAGGACAUAUUUGAGUGUCGAACAUGCGGCCUGCUUGAGUCGCUCUGCUGCUGCACAGAGUGUGCAAGAGUGUGUCACAAAGGACACGACUGCAAGUUGAAAAGGACUUCCCCUACAGCUUACUGUGACUGUUGGGAGAAAUGCAAGUGCAAAACACUGAUAGCUGGCCAGAAGGCUGCCCGCCUGGAUUUACUCUACAGGCUGCUAACGACAACAAACCUGGUCACUACACCAAACAGCAGGGGGGAGCAUAUAUUACUGUUCCUGGUUCAGACUGUAGCCAGGCAAAGUGUUGAGCACUGUCAGUACCGACCGCCUCGCAUCAGAGAAGACCGGAACCGUAAGGCUGCUAAUGCAGAGGACUCUGAUAUGCCAGACCACGAUCUGGAACCUCCUCGCUUCGCUCAGCUGGCCUUGGAGAGAGUCCUACAGGACUGGAACGCCCUCAAAUCUAUGAUCCUGUUUGGUUCUCAGGAAAACAAAGAUCCACUUAGUGCCAGCAGCAGAAUUGCUCACCUCCUGCCUGAAGAACAGGUGUACUUGAACCAGCAGAGCGGCACCAUUCGCCUCGACUGUUUCACACACUGCCUCAUUGUCAAGUGUGCUCCUGACAUCACCUUUAUUGACACUCUACUGGGGACUCUGAUAAAGGAGCUGCAGAACAAAUACACGCCGGGCAGGAGAGAGGAGGCGGUGGCCGUCACUAGAAGGUUCCUGCGCUCCGUCGCGCGUGUGUUUGUCAUCCUCAGCGUAGAGAUGGCUUCCUCCAAGAAGAAAAACAACUUCAUCCCGCAGCCCAUCGGGAAGUGUCGGCGUGUUUUCCAGGCUCUGCUGCCGUACGCGGUGGAGGAGCUGUGCAACGUCGCGGAGUCCCUCAUCGUCCCGGUCAGGAUGGGAAUAGCGAGGCCCACGGCUCCGUUCACGCUGGCCAGCACCAGCAUAGACGCAGUUCAGGGCAGCGAGGAGCUUUUCUCCGUGGAGCCGCUUCCUCCCAGGUCGUCGCCGGACCAGUCCAGCAGCUCCAUCCAAACAGUUGCUUCUUACAUCAUAAGGAACCCUCAGCCCAGACGGAGCAGCCAGUCUCAGCCCGUCAGGGGACGAGACGAGGAGCAGGACGACAUCGUGUCAGCCGAUGUGGAAGAGGUUGAAGUUGUAGAGGGUGUAGUAGCUGGCGAGGAAGACCAUCAUGAUGACCAGGAGGAGCAGGGGGAGGAAAACGCUGAAGCUGAAGGUCAACAUGACGAGCACGAUGAAGAUGGAAGUGACAUGGAGUUGGACUUGCUGGCAGCCGCCGAAACGGAGAGUGACAGCGAAAGCAACCACAGCAAUCAGGACAACGCCAGUGGUCGCAGAAGCGUCGUCACGGCAGCAACUGCCGGCUCUGAAGCAGGUGCUAGCAGUGUCCCUGCCUUCUCAGAGGACGACUCUCAGUCGAACGACUCGAGCGACUCGGACAGCAGCAGCAGUCAGAGCGACGACGUCGACCAGGAGACGUUCCUGCUGGACGAGCCGCUGGAGAAGGACGACGAGCGCCCUCACACGCCAACACUGCCGCCCAGGCCUCCCCGCUCCAUGCAGUGGGCCGUUAGGAACACCCCGAGCCAGAGAGCGAGCGGCAGCGGCCCGUCCGCCUCCUCAACACCUGCUGCGAGCUCUACUGGCUUGAUAUACAUCGACCCGACAAACCUGCGGCGCUCCAGCGCAAUCAGCUCCAGUGCAGCGGCGGCGGCGGCGGCGCUGGAAGCCAGCAAUACCAGCAGCUACCUGACUUCGGCCAGCAGUUUGGCCCGCGCCUACAGCAUCGUCAUCAGGCAGAUUUCUGACCUCAUGAGUCUGAUUCCCAAGUACAAUCAUCUCGUCUACUCGCAGAAUCCUGCAGCUGUCAAGCUCUCCUACCAGGACGCAGUCAACCUGCAGAAUUAUGUGGAGGAAAAGCUGAUUCCCACCUGGAACUGGAUGGUGUCCAUCAUGGACUCCACCGAGGCCCAGCUGCGGUACGGCUCGGCUCUGUCGUCUGCCGGAGACCCCGGCCACCCCAGCCACCCGCUUCACGCCUCGCAGCACUCGUCUCGCCGCGAGCGCAUGACGGCCCGGGAGGAGGCCAGCCUCCGCACUCUGGAAGGACGGAGGAGAGCAGCCACACUGUUGACGGCUCGCCAGGGCAUGAUGUCGGCACGGGGAGACUUCUUGAACUACGCCCUGUCUCUGAUGCGCUCCCAGAACGACGAGCAUUCAGACGUGCUUCCUGUUCUGGACGUGUGCUCACUGAAACACGUGGCCUACGUGUUCCAGGCCCUCAUUUACUGGAUAAAGGCCAUGAAUCAGCAGACCACCCUGGACACGCCACAGAUGGAAGAACCUAGGAAUCGAGAGAUUCUGGAGCUCGGUUUGGACAAUGAGGAUUCUGAGCACGAGAACGACGAAGACACCAAUCAAAGUUCGACCCUGCAGGAUAAGGACGAGGACUCGGUUCCCGCGGAAACGGGUCAGAACCACCCGUUCUUCAGGCUCGAUUCGAUGACCUUCCUGGGCUGCAUCCCUCACCCCUUCGACAUUCCCCUGGCCGAGGCCAUCCCACUGGCAGACCAGCCUCACCUACUGCAGCCAAACGCCAGAAAGGAGGAUCUGUUUGGGCGUCCCUCUCAGGGCUUGUACGCUUCGUCUUACAUGACAACCAAAGGCCUGGCUGAGACGAGCAUGGACAGGAACUGCUUGGAGGUAAACCCCUACAAGAUGUCGUACACCGCCAACCUAAAAAACGUCAUGAGUAUGGAAAGCGGCCAGCGGAGCACGGGGAACCAGACUGGCGAGCAGGAGAUGGAGACUUCGAAAGCGGGUCCGUCCCCCGCGACCAUCGCCGCCCAGCUGAAGAGCAGCCUCCUGGCUGAGAUCGGCCUCACAGAGAGCGACGGGCCUCCUCUCCCGUCGUUCAGACCGCAGUGCAGUUUCAUGGGGAUGAUGAUUUCACAUGACAUGCUGCUCGGCCGCUGGCGCCUGUCACUGGAGCUCUUCGGUCGCGUCUUCAUGGAGGAUGUAGGAGCUGAGCCUGGAUCAAUCCUGACGGAGCUGGGCGGAUUUGAGGUGAAGGAGUCCAAGUUCCGGCGGGAGAUGGAGAAGUUGAGGAACCUCCAGUCUCGAGACCUGGCGCUGGAGGUGGACCGCGACCGGGACCAGCUGAUACAGCAGACCAUGCGCCAGCUCAACGGCCACUUCGGCAGGCGGUGCACCACCACGCCCAUGGCCGUGCACCGGGUCAAGGUCACAUUCAAGGACGAGCCCGGGGAGGGCAGCGGCGUGGCUCGCAGCUUCUACACGGCCAUCGCGCUGGCGCUGCUCUCCAACGACAAGCUGCCCAACCUGGACUGCGUUCAGAGUGUCAGCAAGGGCAUGCAGGCCAGCAGUACGUGUCAUCACGAUUACAAUUCAAAUUUGAUGCAAAGGUUGAGAAACAGAGAUCGGGAGCGAGAGCGGAGAAGUGGAGGGCUUCGAGCGGGAUCUCGGAGAGACCGAGACAGGGACUCCAGAAGGCAGCUGUCGAUAGACACCCGGCCGUUCAGGCCUUCCUCUGAGGGAAACCCCAGCGACGAGCCUGACCCCCUGCCUGCACACAGACAGGCGCUUGGUGAACGGCUAUACCCUCGAGUUCACGCAAUGCAACCGGCGUUUGCCAGUAAAAUCACCGGCAUGCUGCUGGAGCUUUCUCCUGCUCAGCUGCUGCUGCUGCUGGCCAGCGAGGAUUCCCUGAGGGCCCGGGUGGAGGAAGCCAUGGAGCUUCUCAUUGCACAUGGAAGGGAAAAUGGUGCUGACAGCAUCCUGGACCUGGGCCUCCCUGAAGCCUCUGAAAAAGCACAGCAGCAGGAUAACCGGAAGCGCCACGGCUCAACGCGCAGCGUCGUCGACAUGGAACUGGACGAUCCGGACGAUGGCGACGACAACGCCCCCCUCUUCUACCAGCCCGGCAAGCGGGGCUUUUACUCCCCCCGGCCGGGCAAAAACACAGAGGCCAGACUCAACUGCUUCAGGAACAUCGGCAGAAUAUUGGGACUCUGCUUGCUGCAGAAUGAACUCUGUCCAAUCACGCUGAACAGACACGUGAUCAAAGUGUUGCUCGGUAGAAAGGUGAAUUGGCAUGACUUUGCGUUCUUUGACCCGGUCAUGUACGAGAGCUUACGGCAGCUGAUCCGCCAUUCGCAGACGGGAGAAGCAGACGCUGUGUUUGCUGCCAUGGAUCUGGCCUUCGCUAUUGACCUCUGCAAGGAGGAAGGGGUGGGACAGGUUGAGCUGCUGUCGGGCGGGGUCAACAUGCCGGUAACUCCACACAACGUUUACGAGUAUGUGAGGAAGUACGCGGAGCACAGGAUGCUGGUGGUGGCCGAGCAGCCGCUCCACGCGAUGAGGAAAGGUUUGCUGGACGUUCUUCCUAAAAACGCCCUGGAGGAUUUGACAGCUGAAGACUUCCGGCUGCUGGUUAACGGCUGUGGAGAAGUCAACGUUCAGAUGCUCAUCAGCUUCACUUCGUUCAACGAUGAAUCAGGGGAAAAUGCAGAUAAACUACUCCAGUUUAAACGAUGGUUUUGGUCCAUAGUAGAAAAGAUGAGUAUGACUGAGAGGCAAGAUUUGGUGUACUUCUGGACGUCCAGCCCCUCUCUGCCAGCCAGCGAGGAAGGCUUCCAGCCAAUGCCCUCCAUUACCAUCCGGCCUCCAGACGACCAGCACCUCCCCACAGCCACACACUGCAUCUCACGUCUCUACGUGCCACUAUAUUCUUCUAAACAGAUCCUUAAACAAAAACUCCUGCUAGCAAAAACCAAGAAUUUUGGUUUUGUGUAGAGGUUUGACUGAAAGCUGGAAUAAAAAAACAGAGGUAAAAAGGUUGUUGUGUAAUAUUUACCUAGUUCCAUUUUUGUAGAUUAUUAUUAUUUUUUUUUGUCCAGUUUUAUUAAAUUCAACAUAUGGUCUCUGUCUCCCCAUUAGUUAAUAUUUGUUGUGUUCUGAACACAAACUGCAUAUUUUAAUUUUUAUAUAUAUAUAAGUAUAUAUAUAUAUAUAUAUAUAUAUUUUUUUUUUUUUUGCGGUAAUGAAGAGGUCCAUAACAUUCCUGCAUUGGCACUGUAAAAUGUAAAGCCCACCGCUCUAUUCUAUUGGCUUAAACCUUUCGCUUCCCAGGAACUGGGUUUGCCAGGAAGCUGUCAGCCGAAAAUCCUAGCCAAAGAUGACAGCAGUAGACAUAUGAACAGGACGAAAAAGACACUGUGGUUACAAUUUUGUUUCCUUCCCUAUGAAAGUACUAUCUCUGACAGAUCACUGCUGCCUUUGUGGAAAGUUUUUCUUUUUCUUGUACAGGGGGAGUUGGGAAUUUCAAAAUAAACUUGGAUGUAAAUAAGU